UCCACUUACUCUUUGCGCACUUGCCCCUUUUUUCCAUUACUCUAUGCACACUUACCCCUUUUAUCCAGUACUCUAUAUGUACUUGCCUCCUUUAUCCACUAAGAACAGAUGAUUAUUGUUGGUUUGUCAUCAUCUGUGGUUGAGGUUAGAUGUGAAUGUAAACACCAAUUUUUGUAAAGCAGUGAAGUAUUUUAGCUGAAAUGUCACGCAGGGCGGAUAUCAUACUUGCAUUAGCUACUAAUGCUCUAAAAUCUAGUGCAUCCAAAGAUUCUGAAACCCAGGAUGAAGUAUGUCACAGUAAUAAUGAUGAUUCUAACCUAAGAAGUGCAGAAGAUGGUGUAGAAAACAACAAAGUAGAUGGAUUAUUUGAGCCAUUAGAAGAGGAGGAGUACAUAGAAUCUGGCAGUGAUAGAUCAUUAUUCAGCAGUGAUGGACAGGAAGAGUAUCAACCUGACUUAAACGAUCUGUCAUCCAGUGAUGAAGAUGAAAGUUUCACACGGAAAGUCAAGAUAGAGAAUAAAGAAAAAACGAGAAAACGUAAAUGUGCUUUUCAACAUAACAGUGACGAAGAUAUCAUUCCAGGUACAGAUAGUGAUAGUGAUAGGCCUAGUUAUCUUUUCCAAAAAAAGGCAAGAAAAAAUAAUACAUCUACAUGCCUUAAUCUUAGCAUUGAAAUUGCCGAACAAUGUGACAAAAGUAACCGGGAUACUCAAUCCGAGGUUAUUGACAAUCAAUGUGAAGAACACGUCAUUGAACCACACAAGAAGAGAACUAAAAUAUUUAAUCUGCCACAAAAACAAUCUAGAAAGCGACUUCCUAUGCCUGAAACUUGGAAAAGAAAUAAGGCUAAACUUGCCAGGGAGUGUGGAAAAAGCUAUGUAACCCAUAAAGGAUUGGUUAUAAAAGAAAAGAUAGUUAAUGAAGGUAUCUUAUGCAAUGAAAAGUGUAGGUUUAAGUGUAAUGACAACUUUUCCAUUGAAGACAGAAAAGAGAUCCUCACUAGUUUUUAUAAGCUAGAUACUAAUUCAAAAAAUAAUUUGUUGUUCAAAUCUAUCGUACCUGUGCCUGUAGAUAGGUCCAAGCAAAACGUUUCUAAAAAGAAAAGUCAGUCUUACCAAUUUUAUGUCCGUAAGAACAAUGAAGAUGAAAGAGUUUGCAAGAAAGCCUUAUGUUCCCUUUUUCAAAUAGGAAAAAAGAAAAUUGAAUUACUACAAGAAAAAAUGAAAAAUGGAAUCAGUGCAGCUCCCCCAGACAAAAGAGGUUUUCAUAUGUCCCGACCUCACAAAGUACCUAUUGAUGUUGUAAGAUACAUUCAAGAGCACAUAAAAUCAUUUCCUUCAGAGUCCUCGCACUAUUCUCGAAAUGUUAACGCCUACAAAAAGUAUCUUUCUCCAUUGCUUAAUAUUCCUAACAUGCAUAAGUUAUAUAUAGAUUUAUGUGAACAUGAAAACAAACCCGAAUGUUUCAGAGUAACUUAAAAGUCAGUUUCUACCGAAGAAUAUUCGACAGAGAUUUUAAUUUGUCGUUUGGUCAUCCACGAAGUGACACCUGUUCUACAUGUGAUGCAGGAGAAAAUACAGAAGAACAUCAAGAAAACUAUAAAGAGGCAUUUGCACUUCAGAAAAAGGACAGGGAAAAAGCAAAAGUGACCGAAAAAGUGUGUUACAUGACUGUUGACUUGCAGCAAACCAUGCCACUACCAAAAUUAACAACGUCAAAAGCAUUUUACUUGAGACAGCUUUGGUUUUAUAACCUAGGAGUACAUAUUAUUACUAAAGAGACAGAAAAAACUGACUUUUGCACUUGGACAGAAGAUGUUGCGAAUCGGGGCAGUAAUGAAGUGGCAAGCUCCUUGCUCACCUUAUUCGAACUAGAUACAACCUUAAUAUAUUGUGACCACUUAAUUAUAUGGUCGGAUUCUUGCACAGGGCAAAAUAAAAACUUCUUACUGAUCCUACUUUAUCAGUACAUGGUGGCCAAAAAAAUGUUCAAAAUAAUCGAUCAUAAAUUUCCGGAAGUUGGCCAUAGCUAUCUGGAUUCAGACCGUGAUUUUGGUCGCAUCGAAAAAGAACUCAGAAAAACCGAAAAUGUAUAUGUGCCAAAUCAGUACCGAGAAAUCAUAUCUAAAUCAGCCAAGAAAAACUUUGUUGUAGACAUGUCAUCUCAUUUUAGAGAUUUUGAAGGAUUUGCUGACAAACUCGGCCUAAAACAAAGUAAAAAGGACCUUCUGGAAGAGAAUGUCAGAUUCCGUGACGGAAUAAAGUGGAUAAGGGUUGACGAAUUCGGUUGUUACUUAUACAAAGAGACCUAUGAUGAAAACACACCAUUUAAAAAGGUGUCCCUGAUA